UUGCCUUUAACUUGCGCCACAAUAAAUCAUCGGCUGAAGUUUAGAUUAAGUUAUUGCACGAUAUUGCAUCCUUGUAUUUAUCAAUGUCCUCCAUAUAACCGUGUCUUUUUGUUUCAUAUUCUCAUGAAUUUUUAUCGUACCAAUCUAAUUGUAACUAAUGUGUUUCUAAGCGCUCUAUAUUUUCUAAUACAUCCACAGUUGCACACCGUUGCUUCCCCUCCAUUCAAGUAAAUGUACCUUUAUCUGUUUGACACUUUUUUUUUUUAAAUUUUCUCUUUUAUACAACAAACCUUAUCUUUACCUUUUAUAUUAUUCGAAUCAUCGAUCCAGAUAGUAGAAUCCUCUGGAAAUUUUUCAGUAGCUCACUAUCGUGAUAGUGAUAUUUUUCACUGUCGUUCAGGAAACGUCGUACUCCGCCUAUCUAUUCAGAUAGCAACUUACAUACUUUUAAGGAACAGUGUUGCGAAAUCAGCUUUCUGAUUCAUAGCCAACCGUUUAUAAUACAUAUCGCUAUAGUACGAUAUCGUUACAUACGAUCAACCUCUAACAAUAUGUUUCCUUCGAUACGAACGACAAUUAAAAAAGUGUGCACGACCAAAGUUCAUUACGAUCGUCGGUUUAUUCAGGAAGACAGUGUGAUCCACGAUCAUGUAUCGAGAGAAAUGGAUCAGGUUGGAUGCUGAAGAUACUCACUUUCUUACGGAACUUGCCGAGUGAUUCACUGAGUAAACCAGAUUAAUGCGUUCUGCUGCACAAGAGACACAGAGAGAUAAGCAAACUGGCAGAGACUACGUGUGUAGCGUACCGGAGAGUGCACGUCUGAGAGCGUAUUUUAAGAAAAGGAAACUACGCCAGCGACAGAAAGGGCAGUGGAAAGAUAUCAAAGAGGACGACGGUGGUAUAGCGAGAAAUAGAAUUUUGACGAACAAAAACUGUUGUUUUGAUAUCAAGAAGAAUAGAAAAAAGGAUUGCAACAACGAAAAGACCUACGAAGGGACGCUAAGAAAAGAGAAGAGUACGGCGUUAAGAAGCGAAGAAUAAAUUAAAGCCGGCGUGAAGGGCGAAGAAAGGGAUGCAAGCAUCCAAAGUGUAAAGACCGAAAGAAGAAUUAAAUUGCGAUGCUUCGAUCUUCUCUUUUAAUUACUGCAAUCUUCCCUUUUAUUUAUUAGUUUCUCCUUGUUCGGAUUUUAAUUUAGAAUCCCGAUCGCUUGCGAUGUAUCUCCGAUAAGCCGUCUGAUGAAAUUCCUCGCGUUUUUCCAGCCGUUUGUCCACCAGCAGAUUUCAAUUAAGCAAAGAUGAAAGAAGUGUGGCCGGUUCGUUUGAAAAUUCGCAACGGGACCGGAAUUAAAAGUUGUCGGCGUGAUUUAUUUGCCGACGUGACGGAGCUUCGAUCCGCUUUCGCUAUGCGUCGAGAAAUAGAAAUUUACCGCCUUGCCAAAUCUCAAGCCCGAUAUUCCCGCGUUUCGAUGGAAUUUCCUUCGGAAAAGCUGAUUCUUCUACGAUGCCGAUCUUCCAAUUAAUCUCGCCGUGUUCCUUCAAUCAUUUUACGUGCAAUCGCGCGUUCUUCCCUGUCGUUAACGCGUUUGCCCAAGUUUCAGAAAUGUACAGGGUGGCUCGUAAGUGGUUUCCUCGUUCAAAAGUCGUCUAACUUUGCUUUCAUUGCGUGUAAAGAUCGGUUGAAUUUACAGCUGUUUGAUCGCGUAGCUGGAUUACGCCUGACCUACUCUGAUGGCACGUAAAAAAUACUAAAUGGCACGAUCAUGUGCUGCGAAGUACCGUCUCCUCUUACGCUAAAGUCGUCUUUUUACGUUACUCGGAAGAAAUCGUAGUUUACAGCAACGCCAAUAAAUCACGUCGUUCGAAACGCAUUUCUGUUCAUAAUCUUCCAACAGGUAUAAUAUUA